AUGAAAGACAGAACCCAGAAGACAGGACAGAACGACAGAACAGAAUGCCUUCCAGCAGAACAGACAACAGAAUUUCAGACACCACCAGCCAGACAGACAGACCAAGCUCGAACCACACAGAAGAAUCAGCAGCCAGCCCAGAAUCAGCAGGAAAGCAGACAGAAAAGAACAGCCCCAGACAGCACAGACUCAGAAUCCAGAACCAGAACAGCCAGAACAGACAGAAAGAAAAGCAGAACAGAACAAGAACAAGAACAGCACGGCAGACCCAGCAGACAGGAGGUCAGGCCAGGCCCAGCAGGAACUCAGAACCCAGCUCAGACAGAAUCCAGAAUCCAGACCAGACCCCAGCCAGACAGAAGACCAGCACCCAGAACACAGCCCCACUCACAGAAAAGCAGCCAAGACAGAACCAGAAGCAGACCCAGGACCCCAGAACUAGAAUGCAGAAGCCAGAAUCCAGAACCACAGCAGCCAGCACAGACAGCCCAGACCGAACCGAUCAGAAUUAGACUGGAACAGAAUCAGAACCCAGAAUCCAGAAACCAGCCCAGAACCCAGAAUCAGAAUCAGAAUCAGAACCAAGAACAGAACGCAGACAGAAAUACCCAGAAUCAGAACAGAAUCAGAACAGGCCACCAGAACCCCCAAGAACCCCCACACACACCAGAACAGCCCCCAGACCCAGCCCCCCAGACAGAACCAGAACCCCAGAAACAGAAUCCAGAACCCCCAGACCCAGCCGCCAGAUGGUCCAAACAGAACAGCCAGCAGCACCGAACAGAACACAGAACCAGAACCAAGAACAGAGAAGGAACAGACCAGCCCAGCCAGACAGAACCAGACCAGAACCCAGAAAAAUCAGAACCAGCCAGCACCACUCCCCAGACAGAGCAGAACAGACAGAAUCAGAACAGAAACAGACCAGAAUCCCCAGGAACAGAAUCCACAGCCAGAAUCCCAGAACAGCAAGAUCAGAAAGCAGAACAAGAACAGCAAUACAGAACAGAAUACCCCCACAGACAGGAAAAGAAUCACACAGAACAGACCCCAGCCAGACCCAGAACAGACAGCCCACACCCCAGAAUCCCCGAAACAGCCAGAACAGCCAAGCCCAUCCAGACACAGAACGACAGCAGACCAGCAGGAACAGCAGAAGAGAAUCCAGAAAACCCCAGAGACCAGAACCAGACACAGAACCAGAACCCAGCAGAAGACCAGCCAGAAUCAGAACCAGAAAGCAGACCAAGCCCAGAACCAGAACAGAACCCAGACAGCAGACCCAGUCAGAACACAGGACAGAAGACAGACAGAAAGAAUUCCAGGACCAGCAGAGACCCCAGACAAGAAAGCAGACCAGCAGAACCACAGAACAGACAGAAGCAGAAUCCCCAGCAGAAUCCAGACAGAACCCGCAGAAUUAAGCAGGCCCACACCAGAAAGAACCAGAACCCAGAACAGCACAGAACCCCACCCCAGAACCCAAGCAACAACCAAGCAGCAGGAACAGACAGACGCAGAAAGACAGCCAGAACCAGAACAGAAGCAGCAGACCCCAGCCCCCCCAGAAUCGAACCCCACAAGACCACAGAACCCAGAAUAAGAACGAAGCAGCCCAGCCCAGAAUCCAGCCCCAGAACAGACCAGAACCAGAACCAGACAGCCAGACCCAGAGAACCAAGACCAGAACCCCCAGCAGAACAGAACCAGACAGGAAUACCAGACCCGACAGACUAG